UUUGUGAAGAUGAGAACUUGCUGAACAAGCAACUCAAGAUCAAAAGUAACCCAAGAUAUAACUCUGGUUAAUAUGGUGAGUUAAAAGAUGGGUUGAGUCAAGAUUUUGGGACCACAAAGAGGAGCCUUUUGCAUUUGUCUUCUUGUGAAUUAGGUUUGAAGAUGUCUCCUCAUAUAUAACAUGUUUUGUAAACGUGAGAGAGUGAAGGAGGGAAGAGAGCAGAGGCACAAUGUAGCCGAGAGUGAUAGUUGAGAGAAAACAGACUUAAUAUAAGCUUUGUUCAAGGUUUGUCUCUCUAGCAAUAGAAGUGGUACAGACUGAGUCUAAGUACUAGUGAAGGGUAUUAGGCGGAUCACUUGUAACUUCUUGUUGUAAUCACUGUAUUGAAUCUAGUGGAUUCCGAGCUUAGUCUCGGCAAGAUGUAGCGACCCAUUUUGGGCGUGAACUCGUUAAAUGUUUGUGUGUGCUCCCUUCUCCCUUCUUCUUCUCUCCUUUCUCUCAUACUCUGUUUUCUGUCAAUUUCUGCAUCUUCUCUGUUUUUUAGUCUCACGUUUUGACACAUCAAGCUUCUUCAAUCUUGGUCUGAAUGGUUUAUGCUCUAGUAAGGUGACGUUUAGAGCCACUGAAUCCUAACAAUACAUAAAGACCAUAUCGGUUCUGGAACAAUCAUUGAUGCUGAUGGUUGAUGUGACCUUGCAAGAUGGUAGGACGUUUGAAGGUGUGGUGGUGAACGCUGAUUUGCAAUCAGACAUAGCAUUAGUGAAGAUAAAGUCAAAGACUCCAUUGCCAACUGCUAAGCUUGGUUUCUCGAGUAAGCUUCGUCCAGGGGACUGGGUAAUAGUUGUGGGCUGUCCUCUUUCUCUCCAGAACACAAUAACUGCUGGCAUUGUCAGUUGUGUUGAUCGCAAAAGCAGUGAUUUGGGUUUAGGAGGCACACGCAGAGAAUAUCUCCAAACAGACUGCGCGAUCAAUGCUGGAAACUCUGGUGGGCCUCUUGUGAAUUUGGAUGGAGAAGUGAUUGGUGUUAACAUCAUGAAAGUCUUAGCUGCAGAUGGGCUAGAAUUUUCUGUGCCAAUUGACUCGGUCUCCAAGAUCACCAAGCACUUCAAAAAGAGCGGGAGAGUUAUUCGUCCAUGGCUUGGGUUAAAAAUGAUCGAGCUCAAUAAAAUGAUCAUGGCUCAGCUCAAAGAACGAGACCCGUUGUUUCCUGAUGUGGAGAAAGGCAUUCUUGUCCCUACGGUGAUUUCAGGAUCACCGGCUGAUCGAGCUGGAUUCAAACCAGGUGAUGUUGUUGUGAGAUUUGAUGGGAAGCCGGUCGAGACCAUCAAAGAGGCAUGUAUCAUCAUUUUUCAUUCAAGCAAGCUUCCAGGAUUCUCACGGAGGUGA